AUGUGUUACGUGGGUAAAGCUACGAAGAUCUUCAUCUUCGUAGUCACGGUGUUGGUGGUUCUGGGUCUUGUCUUGGGAUUUGGACUUCUACGCCACCCGCUCCAGAAGACCCACAAAUGCUCCGGCGACUCCUGCCGUUCAGUUUCUUCUUCUCCGAUUCCCAUACCCAAUCCUAUAUAUGGCCCACCUAGCCCACCCAUCUCAAAUCCAAGCCCUGAUCCCAGCAGCUCCAGCCAGCCCAGCCCACCCAAUCCUAACCCAAGCCCGCCCCCGCCUGACUAUAACCCACCUCCUUCUCCGCCGUCACCGCCGCCUCCAACAUUGGCGGCUCCGCCUUUCAAUCAGCCGAGUCCUGCGCUGGUGACUCCUGGCCCUGUGAAUGCAACGCAGUCCCAAACUGCACGAAAGGGAGAUAACGAGGAGGGAACAAUGGAAGCAAGACUCAUGAGCAUGGAGGAGAUAAUAAGGAAACUGAUGGAGGAAAUUGGGAUGCUCCACCAGGAGAAUGCGACCCUUAGGCGCACCAACGAGGAUCUAGUGAGGGGAGGAGAACUGAGUGCCAACAAACAUGCGUAUUCACUGCGGGCCCCUACGGAUGCUGCGACAGAAGAGGAGAGACGCAAGAUGCACCUCCAAAUCCGAAAGCCUGGAAAAAAAUGCGUAGAAAUGGCUAAGAAAAUUGACACGAAAUCCACCGUAGAGCAGCUCAUCGCCAGUACUGACCUCCCAUACAAUGUAGGAGUCAUGACAGUGCCACUUCCCACCAAGUUUAAGGUCCCCCAGAUGGAAAUGUGA